CCUAUCAAAGUCAGACAGACACAUAUCAAUGUGAAAGAACAGCAAGACAAAAUGGGGAACGUGCAUUCAAGUGAACCAGGAAAUGGACGUGAGCGGCUGCAGUCAGCAUGGAACAAGGAAACUCCCAAUAUUGUUCUCUGUAAUGGCCCAAAUUAUAUUGUUAAGCAGGUACAUCUUGCAACUAAAGGACCUAAUCCUGCAGACCAGCAACAAAGUAAUUUGGAAUGUGCAAAUAGGUCUUCUCUGUGCGUUUUUCGAACUGUAGUUCCUCAGCUUCAGUCACAAAAUAGGUCUACAAAUGAACUAAAAAGCGAAUAUAACCAACUGCAGUUUAUAAGUAAGCUGAGAAAUGACACAGAAUUCACAGAUGUUCGACCACUGCAACCUAAUCCUGGAAACUUACAACAAAACGUUUUGAAAACUGCAAAUAGCCAUGAUCAAAACCUUCUGACCUGUAGCUCUCAGCUCCAGUUGGAGCACAAUCCCCUGAAUGAGCCAGGCUAUCGAUCUGACCAACUGCAUUCAGUAAGUAGCCAGAGUCCUCGUGAGCUUGAGACUGCUCCAUCUCCUACUCAACGGCAUCAAACCUCUGCUCAGCUGACUUACGAUACUGAUCUGUGCAACGAAUCAGACCCAUGCCUCACAAAUACGAAUUCUGUCAAUACCCACAGCCUUAAUCUACGGCCUGUUCCACACCUCGAAGAACAGCCAUUAACUACAGAUCCAUUUAUACAGCAGAAUGGAUGUCUAGUCCCGAUUGGGAAAGUUCUAGUGGAAAAUGGGACAGACGUCUCUACGGUGCCUGAAAUUGAUGGUACUUCUAAUUUGGAUUAUAAUUUAUUGGCUAAUCUUCAAACCUCUGCUCAACAGACUAAUGAUAUUGAAGUAUGCAGCGAAUCAGGCCUAUACCUAACAAACUGGGAUGCAGACAAAGAGCAGCAAAUAUUUAAGCAUACAUAUGAACUACCAGAUGGAAAAAUGGUCUUAAUUGGUAUAGAUGAAAAAGACAGCUCAGUACACAUUUCUACACUCUCUGAAACAGAUAGUACCUCAAAUCUCAAAGCUGAAUUGUUGUGGGUAAAUCUUGCAGUCCCUGGUGAGAGUCUUAGACAAUUCUUGCGUAAAAACUGGUCCAACAUGUUGCGUUAUUUACCUGUUCGUCGGUCAAAGAAAAGUGCUAGGUUUGUCUGGCAGGAAGAGGAACCCAAAGAUCCAAAGGAAUUAAAGAGAUGGUUCAAGGCUAUCACGGAAAAGUAUUGGACUGUUAUGAUGGGCAAGACAGACGAGAUCCCCACUAAUGAAGAGCAAGGUAUCAUAUGGCAGAAAAUAUUUAUGGAAAGAUGUGAAACAGUCAGGCCACUUCCCAGAGGACAGCCUUAUUAAUUAUUAACCUCAUGUUGCCAGAAAAAUAUCUAGGGUUUACUGCAG